AGCUGCCGAAUUCGCCAACUAGAAGAGGGGGAGGCGGAGCUUGGGUCCCUGUAGCCGCCGAAGGCGCAGUCUGGACUGUAGUUUCCCGGGAGAGGCAAGAGCAGAAAGAGCGGAGCCGAGCGCAGUCCUUGGAGCAUCAGCUCCCGCAUCCCGCCAGGGUUUGCAGGUGUGUGGGAGGCUUGAAACUAUUCCAACAUGGCUUUUCUUGGACUCCUCUCUUUGCUGGUUCUGCAAAGUUUGGCUUUAGGGGCCACUUCCCCUGAUGAAACCAUCACUGAGUUGUCAGUGAAUAUGUAUAAUCAUCUUCGAGCCACUGGGGAAGAUGAAAAUAUUCUUUUCUCUCCAUUAAGCAUCACCCUUGCAAUGGGAAUGAUGGAACUUGGGGCCCAAGGCUCUACCCUGAAAGAAAUCCGUCAUUCAAUGGGAUAUGACAGUCUGAAAAACGGUGAAGAAUUUUCUUUCAUGAAGGAUUUUUCUAACAUGGUAACUGCUGAAGAGAGCCAGUAUGUGAUGAAAAUUGCCAAUUCCCUCUUCGUGCAAAAUGGAUUUCAUGUCAAUGAUGAGUUUUUGCAAAUGAUGAAAAAAUAUUUUAAUGCAGAAGUAAAUCAUGUGGACUUCAGUCAAAAUAUUGCUGUGGCCAACCACAUCAAUAAGUGGGUGGAGAAUAACACAAAUAGUUUGUUGAAAGAUUUGGUAUCCCCAAGGGAUUUUGACACUGUCACUCAUUUGGCCCUCAUCAACGCUGUCUAUUUCAAGGGGAACUGGAAGUCACAAUUUAGACCAGAAAACACUAGAACCUUUUCCUUCACUAAAGAUGAUGAAAGUGAAGUCCAAAUUCCAAUGAUGUAUCAACAAGGAGAAUUUUAUUAUGGGGAAUUUAGUGAUGGCUCCAAUGAAGCUGGUGGUAUCUACCAAGUCCUGGAAAUACCAUAUGAGGGAGAUGAGAUAAGUAUGAUGCUGGUAUUGUCCAGACAGGAAGUUCCACUGGCCACUCUGGAGCCAUUGGUCAAAGUACAGCUGAUUGAAGAAUGGGCAAAUUCAGUGAAGAAGCAAAAAGUGGAAGUGUACCUGCCCAGGUUCACAGUGGAACAGGAAAUUGAUUUAAAACAUGUUUUGAAGACUCUUGGAAUAACUGAAGUUUUCAUCAAAAAUGCAAAUUUGACAGCUUUAUCUGAUAACAAAGAGGUUUUCCUUUCCAAAGCAAUUCACAAGUCCUUCAUAGAGGUUAAUGAAGAAGGCUCCGAAGCUGCUGCCACCUCAGGAAUGAUUGCAAUUAGUAGGAUGGCUGUGCUGUAUCCUCAAGUUAUUGUCGACCAUCCAUUUUUCUUUCUAAUCAGGAAUAGGAAAACAGGUACAAUCCUAUUCAUGGGACGAGUCAUGCAUCCUGAAACAAUGAACAUAAGUGGACAUGAUUUUGAGGAACUUUAAUCAUUUCAUUUGAAUAACAAUGGAAAUAGUAAAUACGCACAUUAUGUUUGCAACUGGUACAUAUUUAAGAUUUGUGUUUUACAGUAUAUCUUGAGAUAAUAUUUAAAAUAGCUCCAGAUAAAAACAGUGUAUGUAAACUGUAGCCAAUUUGUUAAGAAAUGUCAUCAGUAUUAUUGAGGUGAUGGUCUUGUCAUGUCAUUGUGUUUGUUGUGCUGGUAUUUAAAAUAAAAGUACAUAUCGAACAUGCGAA